UGCCCCAUCGUUGGUGUCAGUGGGAGGAAUAGUGCCCCAUCGUUGGUGUCAGUGGGAGGAGUAGUGCCCCAUCAUUGGUGUCAUUGGAGGAAUAGUGCCCCAUCAUUGGUGUCAGUGGGAGGAGUAGUGCCCCAUCAUUGGUGUCAGUGGGGGGAGUAGUGCCCCAUCAUUGGUGUCAGUGGGGGGAGUAGUGCCCCAUCAUUGGUGUCAGUGGGGGGAGUAGUGCCCCAUCGGUGUCAGUAGGGGGAGUAG